AUGGGACGUUGGAAGUGGGAGUUGCAUGAUGGGAAGCUGGAGGUUGGCUCCAAGAUGGUGGCAGUCGGGGUCCUUAUCCCUGGUUCACUGCUCUGGAAACUGAGGCACAGGUUUGUGGGAUCACUGGGUACCAUCAUCAUCAAGUGCAAAGAUCUGCGAAUUAUUCAGCUGGAUAUACCUGGAAUGGAGGAAUGUUUGAAUAUUGCUAGCUCUAUUGAGGCCUUGUCCACGCUGGAUUCAGUCACACUGAUGUAUCCUUUCUUUUACCGCCCCAUGUUUGAAGUUGUGGAGGAUGGCUGGCACUCCUUCCUGCCUGAGCGAGAGUUUGAGUUGCUCAGUUCAGUGACUAGUGACUGGCGACUGAGCUACGUCAAUAAGGCGUUCUCUGUCUGCCCCUCUUACCCGCCCAUUGUCACCGUCCCGAAAUCCAUCGAUGACGAAGCCCUUCGGAAAGUUGCAACGUUUCGUCAUGGUGGUCGCAUCCCGGUCCUCAGCUAUUACCAUAAGAAGAAUGGGAUGGUGAUGAUGCGGAGUAGCCAGCCUCUCACGGGCACGAAUGGGCGCCGGUGUAAGGAAGAUGAAAAACUUAUUAAUGCCACUCUGCGGGCAGGGAAGCGUGGGUACAUCAUCGAUACCCGUUCACUGAACGUGGCUCAGCAGGCCAGAGCCAAAGGAGGUGGCUUUGAACAGGAAGUGCACUACCCCCAGUGGAGGCGAAUUCACAAAUCCAUUGAGAGAUAUAACAUCCUGCAGGAAAGUCUCAUCAAACUUGUGGAAGCUUGUAAUGACCAGUCGCACAACAUGGAUCGCUGGCUCAGCAAACUGGAGGCCUCCAACUGGCUGACUCACAUCAAGGAGAUACUGACUGCAGCUUGUCUGGCUGCUCAGUGCAUUGACAGGGAAGGAGCAUCUGUGUUGGUUCAUGGGACUGAAGGAACCGAUUCAACGCUGCAGGUAACUUCACUGGCUCAGAUCAUUUUGGAUCCCAGGUGCAGGACCAUCCGUGGGUUUCAGUCUCUUGUUGAGCGGGAGUGGCUUCAGGCAGGUCACCCAUUCCAGCAGCGCUGUGCGCAGUCAGCCUACUCCAACAGCAAGCAGAAAUGGGAGGCCCCUGUAUUCCUGCUCUUCUUGGACUGUGUGUGGCAGAUCCUCCGGCAGUUCCCUUGCUCUUUCGAGUUCAGCGAACACUUUCUCAUCAUGCUCUUCGAACACGCCUAUGCCUCACAGUUUGGGACGUUCCUGGGCAACAAUGAAAAUGAAAGGUGUAAGCUGAAGCUGCCGCAGAAAACCAUGUCUCUGUGGUCCUGGGUGAAUCGGCCUCCAGAACUGAGCCGAUUUAAGAAUCCUCUCUUUGAGGCCAACAGUCUCGUCAUCUGGCCUUCUGUCGCACCGCAGAGCCUGCAGCUCUGGGAAGGUGUCUUUCUCCGUUGGAACAGGUCCUCCAAGUUUCUGGACGAAGCCUACGAAGAAAUGAUCAACAUCAUUGAGUACAACAGGGAACUUCAGGCCAAAGUCAACGCCCUGAGGCGGCAGUUAGCAGAACUGGAAACGGAUGACGGGAUGCAGGAGAGCCCUUGAUCUUGCAAGGCUUUGGACAGCAGGUCUUUAUUUUCACCUCUCCCUAACACUAAAGACUAAACACGGAAUGUGCAUGCAGAACCUCCAGUGCAAUGACCUUCAACCCUCCAGUGCUGAAACCCUCCCUUCACACCGUAUACAGCCUGCCACGUGGGCGGUGGGCUUCGUGUCGUGUUGUUUACAGAAGAUGUACACGGUUCGGCAUGGCAUCCGCUCCUGGCAGCUUUUCUGCCUCUAAUAAAUUGUGUACAGUUUCAGCAUAAGCUGCAGCUCUUACCUCCCUCACACCUUUUGUGCAGGUGACCAAUGUGGGCUGAGAGAUGGUUAUUUCAGGUUUAAUUUGGGGACCCUUUUUUUUUUUUUGGUUUUGUUAGACCCAAAACACUCCGUUGGCCAGAAUAUUGGCUCCUUUCCCACUCUGAAAAUGAGGUGUUUUGUCUAAAAACACCUUUUUCCAUAGCAGGUGUGCUCACUCAGCAGUGCUCACUUAAUGUAGCUUUGAUGCAAGGGUGCCAUGUGUUCUGUGUUCCUGCUAUCCGGAAAGAAAGCGAGGAACAGGAAACGGUAUAAGCUGCCUAUUGCCUUUGCCAAUUAGAUGUACACAGCAUUUGCAUUAGGAGUUGACACGGAGAAGGGGGUUGCUUGAAUAUAGAGCCAGGGCUAGAAGUUUGUAUGCAGUACAGUAAGCAUUUUUCCUGCCAAUCUCUCUGCCUGGACUUCUAGUUGGAUGGCCUGUCUGGACAACUGUCUACGAAGGGAUAACUAUUUCAUCUCCCACCUGGAAGACCAAAAGGUCGGCUUCAUUUGUUGAUUGUAGUGGUACCCCAAAGCUGCACUGCCGUUCUUGGAUGUUUGGAUUGCACUGACCUUCUUAAAGGUUUGAACUGAUUCAUUGUGUUGCCAAGGUACAAAAUCAUUGUGGUAACUAACUUUUAAAGAGCACCUCAGCAAAACAGCUUGGUUUCCUCUCUCGUGCUCCCGCUUAUGCCUUUUGCAUACUUUGGCAAACAAGACAAGAAGCAGAACUUGGAGUUGAAGGUGAUCUAGCACGUAUUAGAAACCUGUUAGUGAUUUAAAAAUUUGUUCAAACUAUAACGAUGUUAAUGGUUGUGUAUCUUUUAUGGCUGCUAAAAGGGCUUGUAGGCUUUGCAGGUGUCAGCUUUUCCUACUUUAAUGCUUCUUUUUUGGAUUCCUGCAGCUCCCCCUGCUUUUCCUCCGCAUUUUUCCUUUUCCAUAACAGCAUCCAUGACCAAACAUUUAAUAUUAGAUUUAUCUAGACAGUUGUUCUGCUGGGUUCAGUUGUGUAGUUUUUAAAAUGACUGAGGCAAAGGUGUAGGAGACUUCAGUGAAAUAAAACAGGAAGGAAGCUCCUCAACGUUGGCCUCUCUUCCUUUUUGAAUUCAUUGCAAACAGAAUUAAGACAGCAGAGGUCACCUGAAAAUCCUGUUCUGACAUUUUCAACUGUGUUGAACUCGCCGAGCCACAAUAUUUGAUUUUUCUCUUGGAAUGAAGCUGCCUUUAACUAAAAAGUCACUUUCACAAUAUUAACACUAACUUUAAAUGUAGCCUGAUGCAAAAA